GUCAAGCGGUCAGUCUGUAGCCGGACACGGAGAAGUGUAGAUCAAAGGAGGAGCUGUAGGCGCUAUUGUGGGAAAACGCAAACGGGCAGCGCAGACGCCGCACAAUAGGACAAUCUGUCGAUAGUAACUCAAACAUUGACUGAAGGCUGGGGUCUCGGCGUUUAAUAAUUUUACGCUUAAAACCGUGGGGGUGCUGCAGCUUUGCCCCAGUUUGACGUUGUGCAGCAGCUGAGACAACGCUUUGAGGAUGCCUCUGGCACAACUGGUGGAUCUUUGGCCCGAGGUGGAGCUGGUUCAUGAGGACACGGAGCAUUUCUGUGCUACUUUUCAUCACUUCCCAGAACGGACAUGGAGGUCCGGAAGAUCGUGGGCGGCAUACCUCUAAGGCAAACAUAAAUGCAAAAGAUGCUCUAGUGUCCUGUGUCUUCGGGAUGAACAGAAAUGCUUCAAAGAUCAGAGAGAAAAUGUUGAGACAGAUUUUCCGAACCAAAACCAGCAUUAAAGAGGAUGAGGUGGUGGUUAAAGAAAUCCCGAUCACUCACCAUGUUAAAGAAGGUGCUGAGAAGGCUGAUCAAUCACAUUUUGUUCUACUCAAAGUGCUAGGACAGGGCUCUUUUGGAAAGGUUUUCCUGGUCCGCAAAAUAACUCCACCUGACGCCAACCAGCUCUAUGCCAUGAAAGUACUGAAAAAGGCCACACUGAAAGUGCGUGACCGAGUUAGAACCAAGAUGGAGCGAGAUAUUCUAGCUGAUGUGCACCAUCCGUUUGUUGUAAGGUUACACUAUGCUUUUCAGACUGAGGGGAAACUUUACUUAAUCCUGGAUUUUCUGCGGGGAGGAGAUCUAUUUACACGUCUGUCCAAGGAGGUGAUGUUCACAGAAGAAGAUGUGAAGUUUUACCUUGCUGAAUUGGCUUUGGGCCUUGAUCAUUUGCACAGCUUAGGGAUCAUCUACCGUGACCUAAAACCUGAAAACAUUCUCUUGGAUGAAGAGGGCCAUAUAAAGCUUACAGAUUUUGGACUUAGUAAAGAAGCAAUAGACCAUGAAAAAAAGGCUUAUUCUUUUUGUGGGACUGUGGAGUACAUGGCUCCUGAAGUGGUAAAUCGACAGGGACACUCACACGGUGCAGACUGGUGGUCUUAUGGAGUGCUUAUGUUUGAGAUGCUGACAGGAUCCCUGCCAUUCCAGGGCAAAGACCGUAAGGAAACUAUGACUCUAAUCCUAAAAGCCAAACUAGGGAUGCCUCAGUUUCUUAGCAAUGAAGCACAGAGUCUAUUACGUGCUCUGUUCAAAAGGAAUGCUACUAACCGUUUAGGUUCUGGUGUUGAAGGGGCUGAAGAGCUUAAGCGACAUCCUUUCUUCUCAACCAUUGAUUGGAAUAAAUUAUACCGCCGGGAGUUGAGCCCACCCUUCAAACCAUCAGUUACCCAGCCAGAUGAUACCUAUUACUUUGACACAGAGUUUACAUCACGGACUCCGAAAGACUCUCCUGGUAUACCACCUAGUGCUGGGGCCCACCAGCUCUUUCGAGGGUUUAGUUUUGUGGCUCCAGUAUUGGUAGAGGAAGAUGCAAAAAAAACAAGCAGUCCUCCUGUACUUUCAGUGCCAAAGACACACAGUAAAAAUGUUCUUUUCACGGACGUGUACACUGUGCGGGAAACUAUUGGUGUUGGAUCAUACUCUGUAUGCAAGCGAUGUGUUCAUAAGGGAACCAACAUGGAGUAUGCUGUAAAGGUGAUAGACAAAUCAAAGAGAGACCCAUCAGAGGAAAUUGAGAUAUUGAGGAGAUAUGGACAGCACCCCAACAUCAUUACCUUAAAAGAUGUUUAUGAAGAGUGUAACAGCAUCUACCUUGUAACAGAGUUGAUGCGAGGUGGGGAGCUCCUGGACCGCAUACUAAGACAAAAGUUUUUCUCUGAAAGAGAAGCCUGCUCUGUCCUUUUUACCGUCUGCAAGACAGUGGAGUAUUUACACUCUCAAGGGGUAGUUCAUAGAGACCUGAAACCUAGCAACAUUCUGUAUGUGGAUGAAUCCGGUGAUCCAGAGUCAAUCAGGAUAUGUGACUUCGGAUUCUCUAAACAGCUACGAGCAGAGAAUGGCUUGCUCAUGACUCCAUGCUACACGGCCAAUUUUGUUGCACCAGAGGUAUUAAAACGACAGGGCUAUGAUGAGGGCUGUGAUAUCUGGAGCUUAGGCAUUCUCCUUUAUACUAUGCUUGCAGGAUACACACCAUUUGCAAAUGGACCAGGAGACACGCCUGAAGAGAUACUAGCUCGUAUUGGUAGUGGGAAGUUUACACUGAGGGGUGGAAACUGGAAUACUGUGUCUGCCGCUGCAAAGGACUUGGUUUCACGAAUGCUGCAUGUAGACCCUCAUCAGAGGCUCAAUGCUAAACAAGUUCUACAGCAUGAAUGGAUCACAAAAAGAGACAUGUUACCCCAGAGCCAACUGAACCGACAGGAUGUACAUCUAGUAAAAGGAGCUAUGGCAGCAACAUACUCUGCCUUAAAUAGCUCAAAGCCAACACCUCAGCUGCAGCCAAUUAAAUCAUCUGUUCUGGCACAACGGCGGGUCAAGAAGCUACCUUCUAUUACUCUUUAGCUGGAGCCUUGUAUAAGGGAUAUUCUUCCCUCUGUGCAUAAUUUCUCACAAAAACUUGCCAAUACAGCCUUACCUUCCUGCUGUACCUCCUUUGAUCCUUAUAGCUAUGGUAGAAGGAUGCCUGGUUCUCCAGCUGACACUUCACACUGUGAUAGGCGGAACUGUGGGGCUGUGUGCUUUGAGCAGUGGUCGUGAAAACAUGAUUGUAUACUUCUAGUGGAAGGUUCCACUUUUCAUGGAUACCAAUGUGUCCACUGCCAUCAUACUCUUACAUACUGUCAAGCACAAUCUCAGGGCUGUCUGUAGUCCUACCUUCUUGUGACAGAUGAAGACAUCUCCCUUUUUCUAUGUGAUGACACAGGAAAGUGCUACAUUUUAGUACUUAUUGUGGAUCUCAUUCUUUUGCUUUCUGCUGCAUUUACACUAAUUUAACCCAUUGUUCUUACACUCCUCUGCAAUCACUCUUUCACACAUGAUAUUUUGGUUAUCUUCAUUAGAAAAUAAUUAAUAGGUGUUGCCUUUCACACACCAAAAGGGCUGUAUCCCUUACUGUGUCCAACAGGUCUGGUAUUACAAGGAAUGUAACAUGUGUUUUCUACCAAUGGCACUUUAAAUGUUAGCCUCACCUCUUACCUGUCAUAUUCUCAGAAACUGUGAACAUGCGAAUGAAAAUUUUAGAGCUCCAGAAAUCCAUCUCAUACUUCAGUAUCAAUAAAAACUGUUGGAAUACAA